AUGACUGAAGUAGAAAAACAAAAAUUUCGAAAUGACUCAGAGUUUUAUGAAAUUGUGCGAACUUUUCAUGAAUUGGUGACAGACAUCAAUAAAAGUUUUCACAAAGGAAAAAAGCAAUAUCAUAAAAAGAAUAAUCAUCAUCUGAAAUAAGCCUAAAUUCAGAAAAAAUCGAAACACAUUUAAAAAAAACCAAUCAAAUUGGAAUUUGGGAGAAAUCAAUAUCACUUGAAAAUAGCAUAUAAUAUUUAUUAUUUGAAUUCUGCAUCAGAUAACUCCCUAAUCUCAAUGGACAAAUGGAAUCCUCUUCAACACUCUAUGAAAAUAGUUAAACAACCAGAAGACAUAGAUUCUAACAAAAAGUAUGUUUAAAUAGUAGAAUAAUAAAUAGAAAAAAAAGAAGCCUCUUGA